UGAAGCAUCAUGGGAGGUGGCAGAUGGACGAGCCGGCCGUGGGCCAAUCAGAGCCUGUGACACACACACACACACACACACACACACACACACACACACACACACACACACACACACACACACACACACACACACACACACACACACACACACACACACACACACACACACACACACACACACACACACACACAUCAUGACCAUGGAACAAGGCUUCAGCUUAAAUAUGCUGAGGAAGCUGGCAGCGGACCCGGACUACAGGGACGUGUCCCUCCCGGCGGUGGACCGGGUCCGGCUGCUCAGCAGGAUGGGCAGCCGGGUGGAGCUGAGCGAGGACGUGCCCCCCCGACACUACCUGCGUUCCGGGGUGGAGAUGGAACGCAUGGCGAGUGUCUACCUGCAGGAGGGCCGCCUGGAGAACGCCUACGUGCUCUACAACAAGUUCAUCACUCUGUUUGUGGAGAAGCUGCCUGCGCACAGAGACUACCAGCAGUGCAGCCUGCCGGAGAAGCAGCUCAUCAUGAAGAAACUGCAGGAAGUGGCGUUUCCUCGUAAAGACGAGCUGAAGAAACUUCUGCAGGAGAAAUACAGCCUCGAGCACAGCGAGUACCUGAGGGCCCAGGCAGCGACAGCAGAGGCAGAGGGGCGUGGCCUGCAGCUGCAACAGCUCUCCUUAUUGGGCGAUGACAGGGGGCGGGGCCAGGAGGAAAACAGGGGGUGGGGCCUGCAGCUU